AUCUAACAUAAACAACAGUUUUGUGGGUUUUUGAGGGACUAAAUCAAAAGCUUUAUCGGUAUUUUUGGGGAUUUACGCAAAACCGGAAGAAGGGAGGAGUGAAUCAUCUAAACUGACGCGCCACACCCACUGAACAAUCGAUCCCUACAUGUUCACACAAGACAAAAACUGCCUCGGCGUGUUCAGCAGCACCGUUAUAACCUUAGUGAAAUGUAGUUUCAAACCCAUGCACAGUAAUUAUUUAUCCCAAAACUUUCGACAUUAAAAAAAAAAAAAAAAAAAAAAAAAAAAAGAUUUUCACUCAGGCUCCCAACGGGCUGCCUAAAGGGGUCCUUCUCUCCACAGAGCAACAGUUGCCUUGAACGUGAACGUCAAAACUUAGCAAAACAAGAUAAAAAAAAAAGUGACACCGUUAACUAUUAACGUGAUAAUUAAUGAUAUUUAAAGUAGUUAAUACAGCUUCGUUAAGGGUUUUGUUGUGAUCUUUGGAACAUGCUUCCACCUGAUUGGCUGUUAAUCAGGUGUGUGAAGAAUGGGCUCUGAGGUUUGCCCCUUCUGUGGGAAAACUUACAAGAGGCUGAAGAGUCACCUGCCACACUGCAAAGCAGCGGCGAGCUCCAAGACACCUCCAGAAAGCAGACAUGAGCUCACAACAAGUCAGACGACGUCAUCUCCUGCACUCACAGCUGUGGCCAAAAAAGCAGCAAAGGCAAAGAAGUCCACGCAGACGUCACCGGUGACAGUGGGUAAAAAGGCAUCCACGCAGACGUCACAAACGCCAGCAAAGGCAUCGUCUUCACCUAAGUCGCUUCCGCCAUUAACUAAGAAGAACCAGAAGCUGACUGAUCAAACUGAGACCUCUUCACCUUUGUCUGCCGCCGCCUUUAAGCCAAAGAAGAAGAGUCUUCGUGCUCUGAUAGAAGCUGCAAAGUUGGAAAACAUGACAGAGGGGUUACGGGAGGGAACCAGAUCUGCCUCUAAAACCACAGCACUGACUGAGACCGAAGCUAAUCCAAAAAAAGACUCUGUGUCUGCCGAGGUUAAACCCAAAGAUGCCGCUAAAAAAACAAAGCAGACAAAGCCGAACGGGCACUUUCUUUCCAAAGACAAAAACAUCUCUGAAUUUCUGGACUCUAAAGCGAAGGAAGUUUGCUCAGGACCCCUCAAACAGGUCAAGUUGUCGGUGGACAGUCAGGAGGAGAUGGAUUUAUCCAUGAAUCGUCUAUUUUUGAAACCAGGAAGUCACCGGGGGAGGAUUACCCUCCAGAAUGUAAAAUCCAUGUUAGGCCGGCCUAACGCCUCCCGUCAGCCCAGCAGGCCGAGCAUCCUGCACCAGAUCGAAGCCACUAACAUCCACAGCGGCAAAAUCCGACCUGACCCAGGUCCACUCCCGCCUCCAGUAGAUGCUAUUAGCCGCUCAGUUACACCAUUAGAUCAGCAGCUGCUCGUCACCAGCUCACGACAUACAGAGAUACAAUCAUUUAAGAAACAACCAGCAGCUUUAAUAUCACUGCAACAUGAUUCUUCCCCUCAGGCAGAACCAACUUCUCCUGCAGCUCCUGCUCUUUCUUCACAUACGUCCCCUCCUCCACGAGCACUCGGCCCGAGCGAGGGGCUGAAUCUCUUCGCAGUGUCACCGCCACUCAUCCAGUUCCCCAGCCCUUUUUAUUUCCCUCCACAAACUCCGUCUGUGAGGCCGGAGGGAGACGAGACGAGGAAGCAAAACACGGCUGCACACGCAACCGAAGGCGCUCUGAUGCAUCGGCCUCUCGGUCAAGUCAGACUGAGGGAGUUACCCGAGUGGCUGGCCGGCAAAACCCCCGGCCAUCCAAGAGGUGCUGUGGAAAUGGUGCAAAAAGGCUGGCAGUGGUAUUACAGGAGGUACAUUGACGUGAAGAAAGGGGGCGUAGGUGGACUGGGCAUGUUGUUAGCAGGUUACUGUGUGCUCAGCUACAUCUGGAGCUACCCUCAUAUAAAACUUGAUCGCUGGAGGAAAUAUCACUGAGGGCGAGGGAAGACGUGCCAUUUACAUCAUUUACACAGAACUGGAUUACUUACCGGCAUCUGAUCUCUUCAGUACAUUCUCAUCAUUUUAUUAUUUUUGUGUUUGUUUUAGCUCCGUGCUACAGCGACAGCCUAGUAGCUUAGCAUAGAGGAAAGCCUGAAAAUACAGGCGAGCCACUGUUGGAUGGGUGACUAAAAGUGGGCAGGAACCAAUGUGAAUCAGUGUGAAAUUUGAGGGACGACUAAUGGAUCAACUGAUACAGCUGACUGACGUGUGCCGCACUUCCCUAAAUGUACACAACCUUGGUUCCUACCACCAAAUCCACCAUGUUCAUAGCAGCGGUGGUGGCGUAAAUGGUGACAGCAAUAAGAGUGAACUCCUUCGUACAUUAGCGAUUUGUUGAUGUUGUGCUUGUUAACACAAUAAUAACUUAAGAAGGUCAUAUCGGCUGGAAUGUCUACUACUAAAUGUCUUUAUGCUAAGCUAAGCUAACAGAGAUGAAAGUGAUACUUAGUGUCACCAAACAAAUCCCAAAAAUAGAAACUUCUUACCUCCAACUGACUGAUAGUAGUAGUUUGCUUGCAGUGUUGCAUCUUUACAUUUAUCUAUGUGUUAUUUAUCUUAUUAACUACAUUUAUGUGUCUUAUUUAAGUUUUGAAAGAUAAAAUAUUCACUAGACCAUUAUUUUUUUGUCAUCAGAGGUCACGUUGUGUUCCAGUGGCUCCACCAGGUGUCACUGCUGGGUCGUGUUACUAAAACCUGGCCAGUCCGACGUUUGCUAUGCAGAGUUUUCUUUGCGCUUUUGUGCAGAAGCAGUGGUGCCGAGGUCCACGAGAGAGGAUUAAAGGGAACCAAGAGAUUUUUAACUUGAUAAAACGCUCACGCAGCUGAAGCCAUAUGGGGGGAAACAUGAAAUCGAAACGCCCUCACGUCAGUAAUAAAGAUCCUAUCUGUGUAGCAGAGGGUUACAAAUCUGUUUUCCUUUUGCAAAUACUUCCUAUGUCACAUGAUGUGAUUAUGCAUGCUUAGUCCAUCAGUGCCAGUAUGUGAACUCUCACGGAAUAGCAAUGGAGGGAGACUGAAGGAGGCUCUCAGCCGGACUGGACCAGUUCGUUAUUGUAUUCAAAAUGAAUUUAUUGUCGACUCUCCUUGCUGCUGUAGUGAACACACAUUAGCUACAAAUGAAGACAUGACAGCAUUUUUGUAAUGAGUUUUCCUCACACCGCCUCUUAGCCAACACAAUAAAAAAUAAUUUUUAUGUUUGUUUUUUUUUUUUGUACAUUCUGUUUUUUUCUCCAUACAAAAAUUAUAAAUAUUUUGUGUUUAACUUUUAAUUUUUUUUUUUAUACAAAACCAACUAUACAAAUAAACUGGGACAAAACAACAGUGAAAAUGGAGGCAGAAAAACAAAUCUCUGCACUAAAAAACAAAAGGGAGAAAAAAAGCACAGUAUGUUCCUACCAGGUCCCUCGGGACCGUGAUAUGCAUCCAGAUAACGCAAUGUUUCACCAACACUGGACAUGUCCCUACUUAUGCGAGCCUAGAACUAACCCUCGUGGAUGUAAGUGCUAUAGAGGCACAAAAAUCUUGCAGCAGUCGGUGACUAGAAGCAACAAUUUCUCAGUGGUUGAUAGAAGAGGUCUACGAGGGUUGAGGCAGAGAUACAGGAGAUAACAGGCAGGCUGCAAUUGCCACUGGCACUCGAGGAAAAAAAAAUAAAAUAAAAUAA